AUGGCGGACAUUGACUCACAAAUACAUCCCGACCUGUUCGAUAAGGUCACCCUCGUGUCCUUGGCAUCCACCGUCGCAAUUCUGGCUAUCGCUGUCCUCAUCUCCCGUUGUGUCGUUCCCUCCUCUACAUCAACCACUUAUAAGGCCCUCUUCGUAUGGCACGCCUUUGAUGCUCUCAUCCACUUUCUCCUAGAGGGCAGCUUUCUUUAUCAUUGCUUCUUCUCCUACAUACCCAUAUCCGACGCCACUACCCUCGACCUUGCGUCACUCCACCCGACGCCCGCGAAUUACCUGGGUCGUUCCGAUCGUGUCCACGGCUCCCAGGUUGGCGGCGACAACCCUUUUGCCAAGCUAUGGAUGGUGUAUGCAAAGGCCGACAAGAGGUGGGCUGGCGCAGAUGUUGGGGUCAUCAGCCUUGAGCUUCUCACCGUUUUUGGUGCCGGUCCUUUGGCGGUAUACAUCUGCUAUCUCAUCGCCAAACGGGACCCUCGGGUAAAUAUCUGGCUGCUCGUAAUUGCCACGGCCGAGUUGUACGGAGGCUUCAUGACGUUCUGCCCUGAAUGGCUCACGGGCAAUUCCAACUUGGACGGUAGCAACUUCAUGUACCUCUGGGUGUACCUUGUCUUCUUCAACGGCCUGUGGGUCGUGAUCCCUCUGUAUGUCAGCUACGUCGCCUUCGGGGAAAUCUCCAAGGCAUUUUCUGCGGCUUCAGUCUCGGAAAAGAAGACGUUGUGA